AUGAAAUUCGCUAAAAUAGAUUGGUUUCAGUGGGGUCGAUUGGAUUUCUAUGGUAUGCUUCAAACGUACUCAAUUGUGGAAAUUUUACGAUCGAGAAUUUAUGACUUAGAAGAUAUGCAAUAUCAGGUGAUGGAACUCGAGAAAGAAACUGGUAAGCAAGCAGCGAUUAUUAAUGUGCUGGAUAUGACUAAUUUGAAAUACAAUAAACAAUUAUUGCAAAUGGUUUAUGGUCCAUUGAGGAACCUGGCUGACUUCGUAGCCAUGCAUUAUGUUGAACUAUUCAAAUAUUUUGUCGUUGUCAACGUACCGUCGUUUGUUUACGCCUUAUGGACGGCCAUAAGACCGCUUCUUCCGGAACGAACUCGAGAUAAGGUCACUCAUUUGUUGGCUUCUUAUCAGUCGCUAGUUGUUUUAUGCCUUGAAAACGGUGAAACAUCUCUUAACGUCCACUUAUCGAGCGUGAGGAUAUUGAGUUCAUCGAAUUGGCGAUCUGAAAUAUUGGAAUAUGCAAGCGUAGAUGUACUUCCAGCAUUCUGGAACCUUCCGGGUGAUGAUCAAUUCAAAGCAGUCGUUGAGCUUCCGAGACCGUUUGACGAGAACGAUUAUUGCUCGAAAAAUUUCAAGGUACCGAAGGGAGCCAUGAAACUACGUGUUCCAGCGGGUGAAUUGCAGUUUAUAACCAUGCAGCUCGACGUCGGUCAGAAAUUGUCGUGGUGGAUUAUGGCAGAUAGAGAUUUUGGAUUCGGUGUAUUUUACACUGAGGAUCUGAGUGAAACUGAUCCUACUAAGCAAGUUUUUGCGACAGUUUUGAUCUCCUUUAAACGAAUGAAAGUUUCAAAAUUAUUGAACAGUUUCAGGAUGCAAACCAUUUACCCAAUGUUGGGAUGGUUACCAGGUCCACUGAAUGUACCUUUGCAAGAUUCGAUAACAGCCCAAAGAAAUGGCCAUUAUAAAGUAUUGUUUACGAAUAGUCGUGCUUGGUGGCAUACUUUAAACGCAACGUAUGUCAUUGAAAUCGAAUAA